AUGCAAAUCAUCACAAUAUUGGCGACCCUCGCCGCAGUGGCUCUUUCCGCUGCUGUCAAUUCUCGUCCAAUCCUCGAUGACGACAACACAACCCAGCUCCCACUAAUCAUCUGGCACGGCCUAGGUGAUGACUUCGAGCGCGACGGCAUGAAAGAACUAGCCUUCCUGGCAGACACAGUCAACCCGGGUACACACGUACACAUCAUCAGACUAGCAGACACAGGCAACGGUGAUCGCCAAGCUACCUUCUUCGGCAAUGUCACCGAGCAAAUCGAACUCGUAUGCGAACAACUUGCCGCCGAUCCAAUCCUCAGCUCCGCACCCGCGGUCAACGCCCUCGGGUUCUCGCAGGGCGGACAAUUCCUCCGCGGAUACAUCGAGCGCUGCAAUAACCCGCCCGUCCGCAACCUCGUCACCUUCGGCAGCCAACACAAUGGGAUCUCCGAGUUCCAAUCCUGCUCAAUCGGCGACUGGCUCUGUAACGGCGCCGAGGCGCUGUUGCGCUCUGGUCGCUGGACAAACUUCGCGCAGUCCCACGUCGUACCGGCACAGUACUUCCGCGAUCCCACCGAGUUAGACGCGUAUCUCGAGAACAGCAAUUUUCUCGCUGAUAUCAACAACGAGCGCAAGGUCAAGAAUGCCACGUACAAGAAACAUCUGCAAUCGCUGAAUCUGUUUGCUAUGUACAUAUUCGACGAGGAUACCGUUACUAUUCCAAAGGAGAGCGCGCUGUUCGCCGAAGUCAAUGCUACAGAUGGGACGGUGACUCCGUUGCAGGAGAGACGGAUUUACAAGGAAGACUGGCUUGGUCUGAAGAAAUUGGAUGACCAGGGGAAAUUGCAUUUCAAGUCUGCGCCUGGACAGCAUAUGCAGUUGACGAAGAAAUUGUUGAAGAAGACCUUAAAGGAGUAUUUUGGUCCUGUGCAGGACGAGGAUAAUGCUUCGCUUCCGCGACUCGUUGCUCAGCCGGGCUACUGA